ACAGGUGUAAGCUUUAAGAAGUCAGUGCCUUCUCUGCCCAUUGAUUAAUCUUUUUGGAUAUGUGGAUGGCUUGGGGCGGGAGGCUGAUCCGCGGGACAACAAGCAGAAAACACAGUACAAGCCGCCAGCGACUUGUACACCUGUCAUCCCAUCAUUUAAGAUGUCAUCUACCUUGUGUGUAUGUGCAUGCCCGUCAUCCUUGUUGGCUGGAAAACCCCUCUUGUACAAUGCGACGCGGCAGACAAAGAUUUCACAGCACAGACCUCCAGAAAGAAUUGGCAUGCCAUCCAUGCCUCCGCCAUGGGUCCUUUAUGUCGAUGUUCGGUCCUAUUCCAAAGCUUACACGCCACUAUUUAGCCUCCGUAUCCUCAUCACGACCCUCGCCACCGCCACCUUUAACACCUCGUUCUUCUCGAUUUGUUGAAAGCAUGCCAAAGGCCGUUCAACCCUACAUGCGACUUGCGCGUCUCGACAAGCCAAUCGGAACCUAUUUAUUGCUGUGGCCAGGUUUUUGGAGCCUUGCCCUUGCAGCUGCUCCCGGUGCGUUGCCGGAUUGGAAGCUUCUGGCCGCUUUUGGGGUAGGGACCCUUGUCAUGCGCUCAGCAGGGUGCACGGUCAACGACCUGUGGGAUCGGGACCUUGACAAAAACGUGGCGAGAACAAAACACAGACCCAUUACAUCAGGAGAAAUAUCUGUCCAAAAUGGCGUUGGGUUCCUUGGAAUUCAGCUUUUGGCAGGCCUGGGGGUAUUGACGCAGCUCAACGAGUACACAAUCUAUCUUGGCAUGGCUUCUGUGCCACUGGUUCUCGCGUACCCCCUCAUGAAGCGCUGGACGGACUAUCCUCAGCUUUUUCUGGGAAUAACAUUCAACUGGGGAGCACUCAUGGGCUGGGCAGCCACACACGGCUCAUGCGACUGGCCCAUCGUCCUUCCUUUGUAUGCCUCCGCCGUGGCUUGGACGGUCGUUUACGACACGUUGUACGCGCACCAAGAUAAGAGAGACGACUCACGGCUUGGUAUACGCUCCACUGCACUGACAUUCGGUGACAGCGGCACUAAACCAGUCUUGACCGGGUUGUCGGCGGCCAUGGUUGGAGGGUUGCUUCUGGUGGGAAUUGAGGCGGACUUGUCUUGGCACUUUUACUUGGGCACAGGUUUGACCGCAAGCCACUUAGCUUGGCAGCUCAUCACAGCUGAUCUGAAUUGUUCAAGCAAUUUGUCUGCACGUUUCGAGUCCAAUAAAUGGGUGGGGGGGCUGGUCUUCGGGAGUAUCGUUGCGGGGAGGUACUUUACUUAGCGAGCUUCUCUUAAGAUAAACGCAUGCACGUGAGCUUUCAGCGUGCAAGAUUGCGCUUUAAAAGAAAUAUACAGGUGGUACCAA